AUGAAACGACGACCCCUCUGCACCUCUGCCUCACGCGUCACAGCCUCGCUACUGCUGUCGUUCCUCGCCGUCAGCAGCGCUGCCGAGGUGCCGCUGCUGCCUCUGCUGCCGCCGACAUCGCCCCACGCUCACAACACCGACAGGGAAUUUACCCUCCGCCACAUCUACCACCAUGGCACCUACAAGUACCCGGACCUGCACCGCCGCCUCGACGUCCCGGACAAGGCCGCAGUGUGGAUGGCCGAUUACGACGGCUCCCCCACGCGGGAACCGGUGCCAGUCUUGCGCGCCAAGUCGGAGAUGAUGAGCAUCGAGAGGAUGGUGCACAGGGACAGAGCCACCAUCGACGGCAUACUGGACUAUGGUCGCAUGCGGGGCAAGGCGGUGCAGCUAGCUGCUGACGACUGGACCAUCGACCAACUGCCAGGGCCCAACGUGACGGACAGAGAAACGGUCCUCAGCUUCGCGCGCAUGGCAUCCAACGCCUACAUCCUCGAGCCAAACACGGGCGAGUGGGAAGAUGUCGGCGGAGGCUUCAACUACACCGAAGACUUCGGCUGGGAGUCUGAUGGCCUGCGCGGACACAUCUUUGCUGAUACCGAGAACGCCACCGUUGUCAUAGGGCUCAAGGGCACCUCGCCUGCCAUGUUUGACGGCUCAGAAACUACCACAAACGACAAGAUCAACGACAACCUGUUCUUCAGCUGCUGCUGUGGCCAGGGCGGUCAGUACCUCUGGCGCCAGGUCUGCGAUUGUCAGACAGCGGCUUACACUUGCAACUCAACAUGUCUGGUCACUGCGCUUCGAGAGAAGAACCGCUACUACUAUGCAGCCCAGGAUCUCUACCACAACGUCACCGCCUUGUACCCACAUGCCGAGAUCUGGAUGGCUGGUCACUCGCUUGGUGGUGCCGUGUCCUCUUUUCUCUCCCUGACCUAUGGACAUCCGACUGUGACUUUUGAAGCGGUUCCUGAGGCCAUGCCUGCAGCUCGACUCGGUCUACCAACUCCGCCUGGACACCAGGUGGGCUCUUUGCAAAAGCGUAAGAUGACUGGUGGCUACCAUUUCGGUCACACGGCAGACCCAGUCUUCAUGGGCCAAUGCAAUACAGCGACGAGCGUGUGCACAAUCGGCGGGUACGCAAUGCAGAGUGUUUGUCACACCGGCCAGAAGUGUACGUACGACACGGUCAAGGAUUUUGGCUGGCGCGUGGGCAUCGGUACACACAAGAUCGCUGAGGUGAUCCGCGAUGUCAUCUUGAAGUACGACCAGCCAGCCAAAUGCGAGCCCUACGUCGAUUGCACCGACUGCUAUCCAUGGGAGUACUUUGAGAGUAACGGUACAGAGACAACCACUUCAUCCAAAUCAAAGCCAACGUCUACCGCCACCCUUACCCGCAGCACCCGCACACGUACAGAGACAUGCAGGACACCAGGCUGGUGGGGCUGCCUCGACGAAUCUACAACUGGCAGUGCCACCUCGACCACCAUAUCCACCUUGACGUCAUCAACCUCUACAUGCAAGACCCCUGGCUGGUUCGGCUGCAAGGACAAGGACCCAGGAGAGGAGACUUCCACCGUCACUAAGACAUCACGCCUUACUAGUCCCGCACUAGUGCCCUCCGUCACAACCACCUCCUCUUCAUCAACAUCCUCCGCAGUGACCUCGUCGUGCAGAUACCCUGGUUGGUUUGGGGGCUGCCUUGAUGGUGAUGAUCCCCCAGGCCAUUCGCGUAGCUCCCGCAAGUCGAUAAUUCCGACGCCUACCGCUUCUCCCACUACCUGUACGGAUGAGGGUUGGUUCGGGCUCAUCUGUUACGACGAGACAAAGACAAAGAAGGGCAAGACCUCUGAGAAAACGACCACUGCCGAGAGAACAGAGAUGUAG